UCAUCACCCAACUGUUCCAUGGGGUAUUGGCUUCCCGUUGCCAUGGAGAAUUGGGGGUCAAUACAAAGAAUGUCUGGAGGGGCAAGUGAGCCCUCAGCCCUGGAACGGGAAACAAGUUGAGAGAAGAAAGCAGGUCUCCCCUUGGAUGAGGUAUUCCUUUCCCUUUUCUUGCGGACUUGCGGUUGUGAGGGUGCUUCAGCGGCCCCUUGUGCAAAGAAGAGACAGGUUUGCAUUAUAUUUGCAUUUGCUAAUUGGCAUGCAUAGAAGCAAAUUUAGAAAUAAAUGCUGUAAGUUGAAUAAAAAUGCAUCUUUUGGUGUGGGGGAAAGACAAGGAGCCCUCUGUGUCCACUCAGUUUGCAGUGGGGGUCCUAGCUGUUGGUGGAAAACCCACACACUGCUCCCUUCCGAGGGCUCUUUAUCUUCAACCAGACUUGAGUCAGAGAGUCCUUCAGACAAAAGACUGUCCUCCAUGAGCCAUGGGCAGGAUGUCUUAGAAGGCACCUGAAGGAGACUGGCACUGCUGCCAGGAGGAAUCUUCAUCUUCUAGAGCUCAGUGGCUUUCUCCCUAAACCACUCUGGUUGCCAGCUCACCCUCAUCUUUAGGGAGAGUGAGGCAGGUGCCUCAGGGGGCAGAUAGAGUGGCAGUAACAUGUGCUGAAAGGCAGAGCUGUGUGUGCCACACUGCUUGCCCUCCAGCCCUGAGGCAGGCCUCAUGGGGGCCUUUUUGCCGCUGGAACUCUGUGAAAGACACAGGAGGCACUUGCUUAGCAUUGCACAUGAGACUCUCUUUGAAGCAAGUCUAUCGGCAAUCAAUAAGCCUGCUUAAAUACCGGUAGGCCUGCCAGAUUGGGGGUGGGGAAUGACGAUAAUUCAAUGGAAAGGGCAGCACAAUAGCAGUUGUGAGGCGGGGAUGGAAGAGUGAUGCAGAGCUGCAACUCCUGCAACUGUGACAACCGCCUGGCAGGUCCUGAGUGCAUGGAGUCAGAGGAAAGACAUUUUCUAUGCUGCUUUUGAAGGCUGCCUUGAAUUCCUUCCACAGGAAGCAGGAAAUGGGACCUGCAGAGCCCUGCUUGUUCUGACACAUUUGAUAAAAGACACAUGUUGCUUGCGUGUGUCCCUGUGAGCUGGGAAGCUGCAGCCGCUACAGUCCUUGCAAACGUAGAGAGGAAGUUCACUCCUAAGGCAGCUCUUUUGUUUCCUGAGGAACUUCCUCCCCCAGCAACCUCCAGCAUUUCUAUACAGCCCUUUGCACCUCUGUUCCUUCUGCUGCUCUGAGACACAGCAAGCACAGGAUCAGUUUGGAUGUCAUGCUACGUCUAGCAUUCCAUGAACCAUGGGAAGCUGUAGGCUCACAUUCACAUGCUCUCCUCUCUUUGUGCAUGUCAGAGGAGAUGGAAAGCAGUCACUUUUGAUUUAGGCUCAUCACAGCUUGGAAACGUAACUUAAUUUAAACUAGCUUUCUCCAAUAUGGUGCCGCCCAGCAGUUCUAGAUGACAAUUCCCAGAAGCCUAAGUGCCUUUAAACCCUACCGGCUGAUAGAAGACAUAGUCCAUAGCUGCUAACCAGGUUUCAAGCUCUCUGCCGACACCAACACUGUUAAUUAUUAUUUUUUAAAUCCAUUGUACAAUGACUGCCAAAAUUGGGGUCUUGCAGAGGCAGAUUUAGGGGACCAUGACCUGUUUGGUUACACUGGGCAUGGAGCCUUGGAGGUGCUGCAAGGUGCUCUGCAACUAUUGCAUAGAAUGGAAAGCAAGAUUUGAGACCUCAAGGUUUGCCACUGGGUCUUAGGGGAACCAGAAAAAUGUGCUUGAUCAGAUCCCUGGGCUGGAAGUCAGUCACCCCUGAUCUGCAUGGAUUCCAGUGGCCUGAUCACAGCAGUUAUGCAUUCAAACCAUUUCUAAGUGCUGGAAAAUUAUUAUUCUUCAUAAUUUUGCAUGGAAGGGGAAGGAAUUACGAACAAGUCAGAAGACUUCUGUGAUCCUCCUAGUGUUCAGCGUCCUCUGGGAGCUUGAUAGCUCACAUCCCAGCCUGAGGAUCUUUGCAAACAAGUCUUAUGCAUGCCCUUUGCUCAGAAGGAUGCCCAGGGCUAGCCCAAGACAUUUUGGUGAAUAAAAAUCUUGCCCCCCACAUCUUCCACUGGUAAGAGGAGGCCACCCCUUCAAACGGUGAACUCAACGAUAACUCCAGUUCAAGGAAGAGUUUCUGCAGGAGGGGCGGAGGGUGCCUUCACUUGCCCGGAGGACAGCAUGGGCAAGGUGGUAACUCCCCUUUGCCUUUCCUCUGGCUAAUUUUGCAGCAAUGGCCCAAAUGCUGGAUUUGACCCUCUGUCCUCAAGAUGCUGCUCCUGUCUACGCCUCUCCGGCGGUCCUCAUCCCGCUGGAGCCCAGAAAAGUCAUGCUGUCUGGAGUGAAGCAUCACAUCUAUCACCCCCGCUUGCCGACGCUAAGGCAGAUGGAUAUGGACACCGCAGCCUUCAAGCUCACAGACGAGCAUUGCAGGACAACCACCACUUGCUGCAAAGGUAACUGGGGCAGAUGGCUCAUUGGUAUUGAGAGCCAAGCCAGCCAAGCCAAACUGAGCAUUGAACUCCAGACCUGAGUUUGCUCUGCUUGUGGUGUUGUGUGAGUACAGGGCUGGCCCAGGAUGUUUCACCACUUGCGGCAAAAAACCUCUGCUGCUGCCACCAUCUGGAAGCAGACUGAGGAAGCCCUGGCAUGCUGAAGGUGGCAGAGGAGGGGGGGAGAAAGAGGCCAGAGAGAAGCAGGUGGUAGGAGGAUGCGGCCGCACUGGAGGGAAGAGAUGGAGGUGGUGGCAGGCGAGAAGCACAGGAGGCACUGAGUGGGAGAUCUACUUAGAAACCUCAGAGGCUGUUCUCUUUCCCCUUCAGUCCACCUAUGCAUCAAGGUGAUGAGGACCAGGAACUUGCAUACUGUAUUCUAAAACCAAAACCAGGAUUCUGGUGUAGUGGCACGUUCUGCAAUUCACUUGACAUUUUUAGAGAGGCAGGGCCCAUGGCCAGCUGGGAUGGGGCAGGUAAUCUUGACAUCUCUGACUCAUCUUUCUUGUUUGUGUUUGUUUCCCCUCCCCCCAAGAUGAUUUUGAAAAUGCAACGUUCACCUUGGCUGGAGUGCCCACCCAGCGCCUCCCAUCCCUGGUGAGUCACUGCCAUCAAAUGCUGCUGCUGUUGUUGCUGUUGCUGUCAUCCUGUGGUCCAUCCAUCUCUGCAGAGUGUUGGGUGGCCAGGUGAGGAAGUGGAGAGGGCUCCUGAAGUUCUCAUAGUUGGAUCAAGGAGGGAUUCCAGCAGAUGCUGCUUGCAUGGCAUACUUCACCUGCUGUAAUUCCCUCUUCCACACAACUAUGAAAGGUGCAGGAGCCCUCUACAGUUUUACAUCCGACCACCUUAACUGGCCGCCCCUUCAGUGGCCUGUGCAUUACGCCCAUCCCCACCCCAUUUGCUUUUUUGAACAAAGCACAGUCCUUAACUUAAGAUCAUAAGUAGAGCCUUCAGCUGGAUCACGGUGGCCAACCAGAUGCCUAUGGGAAACCAGUGAGCGGAAAAUGAGCAUAGGAACACUCUCCUCUCCUGUGGUUUCCAGCAACUUCAGAAGCAUUGCUUCCUUCAGCUGUGCAGGCAGACAUCAUGGCUAUUCUAGUAGCCAUUGAUAGCCCUUUCCCUCCAUGAAUUAGUCUUAAUCCUCUUUUAAAGUCAUCUAAGUGGUUGACCAUUCCUGCCGCCUGUAGAAGUGAGUUCCAUAGUUUAACUAUGAGCUGCUUGAGGAAGUCCUUUCUUUUCUCUGUCCUGAACCUCCCAACAUACAGCUUCAUUGAAUGUCCAUGAGUUCCAGUGCUAUGAGAAAUAGAGAAAAACCUUUCCUCUGUCCACUUUUCCCAGACUAUGCAUAAACUUCUAUCAUGUCACUUUUAAAAGAUGAGCCUGGAUGAGCUGCUGCUUCUUUAUAGGAAGCAACUUCUCUGCAUCCAGGUGUGUGUUUGGGGGAAGGGAGAUAGGAGGUUUUAAAUAGUAGUAGUAGUAGUAAUAAUAAUAAUAAUAAUAAUAAUAAUAAUAAUUUUAUUGCUUAUACCCCACCCAUCUGGCAGGGCUUCCCCAGCCACUCUGGGCGGCAUAUAUCAAAACAUACUAAAACAUCAAACAUUAAAAACCUCCCGAUACAGGGCUGCCUUCAGAUGUCUUCUAAAAGUCAUACUUACUCCUUGGAGACAUCAGUGCAUUCUGAACAUGCAUUUCAAAGUAGAAAAAAGUGUGUAUUCAUACAUUCUUCCUAGAAACAUGCAGCUGCACUUAACCAUCCCUCACAAAGCCUGGGGCAGUUGCAUGGGGUAAGUGGCACAAAUGCCCAUCUACCUGGUGCCACUACCUGGUGCCACUACCCAAUGUCUGCUCUGUGCCAGCCUUUCCCAACCUAGUGCCCUCUGGCUGUUUUGGACUGUCUGUAACUCCCACCAGCCCCUAUGGGAUUUGUAAUCCAAAACGGCUGGAGACCACCAGGCUGGGGGAAGCUGAUUUGCACACAUUUCCCCCUCAGAAAUUGAGGUGGGCAUCACCACAUGCAAUCCUUAAACUGAGCACAGGAAACUCUUCUGUGCUCCGCUGUGUCCGACUGCAGGAGCGCCUUGUUGUAACUUUGUCAUUGCUCAGGGUAUGACAGAGCUGGGCAAGUCAUUGACUGAAAAGUACCGAGCAGGGAAAAUGGCGCCUCUCUUGCCCAGCACCAACCAGGAGGAAUGGCCCAGCUACACCAGGGCUAUGGACGACUGGUCUCGCUUCGUAUCCAGCGCAGGAGAGUUCAAGGUGCCCAACUUUAGCAAAAAAGGUAGGAGGUACAGCUGCCUUCAGCAUCCUUCUGUCUUUCAGGAAGUUGCACCACAGCCAUUUGCUGGCAUGAUCAGGUCCUCAAAGUGAGAGCUUCCCUAGGGAGUGGCCUUUGGGAGGUGCCAAGUACAUGGUGAGGUCUUGGUAAAGGUAAAGGGACCCCUGACCAUUAGGCCCAGUUGUGACCGACUUUGGGGUUGUGGCGCUCAUCUUGCUUUAUUGGCCGAGGCUCCCAGGUCAUGUGCCCAGCAUGACUAAGCUGCUUCUGGCGAACCAGAGCAGCGCACGGAAACGCCGUUUACCUUCCCGCCGGAGCGGUACCUAUUUAUCUACUUCCACUUUGACGUGCUUUUGAACUGCUAGGUUGGCAGGAGCAGGGACCGAGCAACGGGAGCUCACCCCGUCGCAGGGAUUCGAACCGCCGACCUUCUGAUUGGCAAGUCCUAGGCUCUGUGGUUUUAACCCACAGCACCACCCGCGUCCCUCGGCGAGGUCUUGGCUCAAUCCCUAAAACUCCUCCAGGUGCUUCUCAGCUUGUGAUCUUCCCGUGAUCUUGCUUUGUCCACAUGGUGAUUUUGCCAGGUCACAGAACGGUCGUGAAAAAAUGUUCCCAAACCAGGAGUGAUUAGAAAGAAGGUUCUGUGAACUGGGAGGCAGAAGAACCACGAGCGCCUUUGCACCAAUCCCUGGUGUCUUUCAGCAACACUUAGUGGAAAUGAUUAGGAUUAGCCAUCCCCAAUUUAGUGCCCUCCAGAAGUUUUGCACCACAACUCCCAUCAGCCCCGGGCAAUGCUUGGCCACAGAGACAUGCUACUAACAGCCAAAUGGUUUCCUAUGAGUGUGUGAAGUUUCUUUCCUGAAUGAGGAACUUUGUCAAAUGCAGGAAUCCCAAAGCAAUCCCCAGCAUUGUAUGGACUGACUCUGCCCUCCCUCCUGACCUUCCUUUACUUUCUCAUUCUGAAGCCACUCAGUGCAGAAGGAAGGAGUUGGGGCACUUGCUUUUCGCACAGCAAGUCUUGCCAAAUCCCUGCCACUCCCAGCUUUCCCUCUGGGCCUGCGCAUAGGAACACGCCAGAAGCACUUGUGGCUACUUAGCCACAUCAGCCACAGCUGGCAAAGCAGACCAGGAGAUUAAGCCCUCUGUGCUUCUUUCACAGUUCUUGGGUUCAGCUGUUAUGCUGUGAGGUACUUAAAACCCGACGUCACGCAGACCUGGCGGGUAAGAGACUGUUGUUCGCUAGUGUGCAUGUUUGGGGUGAGGAGUGAGAGGUGGUGGCUGAAGCAGCUUUUGUCUGGAUGCCCUGGAGAGAAUUUCUGAACCUGGGGUGGCAGAGUGAGGACCUCAGGACCAGGGACUGAAUGCAGCCCCCUUUGCCUCUCUCUGGCCCCUGGAAUUCUCUGCAAGCUAUGUCUCUCACUGCCCCUUUCUCAGGUCGUUUCCUGGCUGGAAAGCAUCCUUGAAUCUCUGAAAAUGAAUUUUGUUAGCUUGGAAGCAGAAUGGAGAGAUGGGGGAGGGGGGAGAAGAAGUGCAGUGUGUGUGUAGAAAGAAACCUCAGUUUGUGUGGCUGGCAGAAAGUCCUGCUGGGCAAAGGUCAAGAGCAGGCAUAGGCAAACUUGGCCCCCCAGAUGUUUUGAGACUACAACUCCCAUCAUCCCUGACCACCGGUCCUGAUAGCUAGGGAUGGUGGGAGUUGUAGUCCCAAAACAUCUGGAGUGCCGUUUGUCUAUGCCUGGUUAAGAGUCACAACUGUUGCCUCUGGCCCCUUGCUGCCUCUGGCCACUACUGGCAUACAGGCCCCCAGAGGGUUGCUCCCUAGAGAAUGUGGCCCUGAGGCUGGAAAAGAUUCUCAGUCCUAAUGUUUCUAAGAAGGGCACAUUCACAACCAGGGUGUCCAGUCCACAGGGUCUGUUGUGGGGGGGAAUGGAUAACUAAGUAGGGAAGGGAAUAAAAUGAAAUAGAGCAGCCCCAGAGAGGAUGUGGCUGGUACUCUGAACAGAAGCACUCUACACUGCAGUAUUUUGUGUUAGGUUCUGCACUCCACCCCCACAUACCUUGGAUUUAAGAUUCAGUUCAAAACUUAAAGCAUCAUCUUUCUCCCCUGUUUCAUGCUAGUAUUGCCUCAACCAGAACCCAAGUUUGAGUAGAUAUGGACCAAAGCCCAUGCCUUACAACACUGUGUAAGUAUCAUCACAUGCACCUAAAUCCCCUUAGGGUUAACAAUCACCUCCCCCAUAACACUUGAAUAACUCGUCUUUUUGUUUUGUUGCAGCAAUACCUACAGGAGCUUUGGAUCAGCACACAGGUAACUGGCUCUGCUGGCCCCAAAGGAACAAAAGGGGGGGAAAUCCCACCCAAUUCAGUGUGAGAGAGGAAAAAGUCACAUGCUAUUGAAUGAAGGCUAGCCAGCCAUCAAUGCUCAUGAGCCAGAUACAACCAAUUCAUUGUCAACUGGGCAGACUUUGAUCUUGCUCUUUUUGGAGCAAGCCUUCAGGCUCACACAUGGCUUUCAUUAAGAAGAGCCUUGUUAUCUGGGGGCCAAACUGGAUGUGACUCGAACCACAAUGGAACUCACUCCCGCACGAGGCAGUGAAGGCCACCCACUUAGAUGACUUUAAAGAAGGUUAGCCAAUUUCAUGGAAGAGAAUGCUAUUGAUGGCUACAAGCCAUACUGCUGCUCUGCCUCCAUGGUCAGAGACAGUAGUGCUUUUGAAUACCAGUUGCCGGAAGGAGUGGAGAAGAGUGCUCUUGUUCUCAGGUCCUGCUUGAAGGAUUCUCACAGCCAUCUGGUUGGCCAUUGUGAGACCAGGAUGCUCAACUAGAUGGGCCAUUGGCCUGAUCCAGCAGGCUUUUCUUAUGCUCUUAAGAGGAACAGGAAAAGGUUUUCAAUGUGUAUGAAUAACCCCCCUCAAAGAAUGGUGCUUUUAUGACACAGUAAAUGAAUGUAUAUAAAAGGACAGUGGUUGCUGAGAGUACAACUUGCACUAGAUUUUCAUUCAGCAGGGAAGAGUCAUUUUAGUACACUGGAUGGACAGUGGAAUCGGGAAUUCAAAGGUGGGAAUUCAGAACACUCAUCUUUCGCACAUGGACAAAACCAACCACCGCCAACCGUCCCCAACCUGAUACCCUCCAGGUACCAUCUAGGUGCUUUGGAUCAUAACUCCCACAAUCCCCAUUCACUAUGGCCAUCAAUGGGAGUUGUAGCCCAAACACCUAGUGGACACCAAGUUGGGCAAGGCUGGACAAGACUCUUUGUACACCACCCCUAAGUCAACUAAUGGCCCAGGAAGCAGCACCAAUGCUCCCAGCUCAAGGGAUCUGACCUUGGGCGACUCUGAUUUCAAAAUAACCGAUUGUGGAUUUAUGAAAUGGUCUCUUCUGUUGCUUUCUAGCCGCUCUCACUAUCUCCAACCCUGGCGCUAGGAGACAGGCCACAGAAAAAGAAGCCACAUGAAUCUUCUCCUUCAGCUUUUGAACAUCCACAAGGAAUAAAUGCUAUUGGUUCAACAAGGAAGGUGCAGAGAAGGCGUUUCCUGGUCAA